AGCACCGUAUGACCGGAUCCAGAGUUCCCUGUUUCUCCUCCUCUUCGGCUUUCUUUCCGUUUCUUUCCUUUUCUUUGACAUUUUCAUUUAUGCUGCUUUGACUUUUCUGGCCUGAAGUUUUGACCUAGCCCUCCUCCACCUGGAUUUCCCAACCUGUCCAACCACCAGGUCUCCCUCUGAGCUGAAUGAGUUUCCACCAUGUUUCCUCUCAGGCAGCAGCUGCGUCAUUAAACUCAUUACCUGCACGGACUGUUUUCCUUUAACUAAAGAUGGACUUCUUCGUGAUUUUCAGAGAUGGCUGUGACUUCUUUUACGUUUCACCUGUAUGCAUGACAGCGAGCGCGCCGCCCUGAUGGUGAACGCGCACAGAGCGAGAGCGCGCGUCCAGCCUGUGUGAGCGAGGAGGAGGCGUCGAGCUCACGCGAUCACCUGGUGCUUUGGACGGGCUGACAGGUGGGAUGUUGUCGGACAGAUGAUGACCCACCUCGGUGAGCUGUGGUCGGAGUAGAACCGGAGCGGCUGGACGGGGAUCAACACACACAGAGUUGAGAGAGGAGAGAGAGCGGAGCAUGGGCUCGGCAUCGUCCUCUUACCGGGUCAUUUACCUGGACGUGGAUGGUAGGAUUCAGAAGGUGGUAUUCAGUCGAUACUGCAGCUCGUCUGACAUUAAGGAGCUUUUCUGUGCAGCUGUCGGUGUGCCAAGAAAUACUGAUCUGUCGGUGCUGGAUUCAUCUGGAGCCAUGGUGUCCAUCGACCCCACAAUGCCACACAACACAGAGAGGUCUCCAUACCGAGUGGUGCCUGUAACUGGAGGACCGCUUGCUGGUAAAGAGGAACUCUUUCAGAAUGUUCUGACACAGGUAGCCGAGCAGAUUUCAAGAGUGUUUAGGAUCAACGAGAUGAAGGCCGACGUCACCAACCGGCUCGCCAUGUUAGAGAAGAGAGUGGAGCUGGAGGGCAUGAAAGUGGUGGAGAUUGAGAAAUGUCGCAGUGACAUCAAGAGGCUCCGCGAAGAGAUUGGAUCCCAAAACAGGAUAUUCCUGGAAGACCAUAAGAACCUGAGUCCUCGCAGAGAUGUGCCCACUUACCCCAAGUACUAUUUGUCUCAGGACACAAUCGAAGCCCUCAGAUGGACCACGUUUGAUGCCUGGCAGUGGGAACCCAACGAGAUGCUGAGCUGUCUGGAGCACAUGUACCAUGACCUGGGCUUAGUCAGAGACUUCAGUAUCAAUCCCAUCACACUGAAGAGAUGGCUGCUGUGUGUUCGUGACAGCUACAGGAAUAAUCCCUUCCACAACUUCCGCCACUGUUUCUGUGUCACCCAGAUGAUGUACAGCAUGAUCUACCUCUGCAAGCUGCAGGAGAAACUGACGCAGCUGGAUGUUUUGGUUCUGAUGACGGCUGCUGUGUGCCACGACCUCGAUCAUCCUGGCUUCAACAACACGUACCAGAUUAAUGCCAGAACAGACCUGGCAGUUCGAUACAAUGACAUCUCCCCUCUGGAGAACCACCACUGUGCUGUGGCCUUCAAGAUCUUCUCUCAGCCUGAAUGCAACAUCUUCUCCAGCUUCCCCCCUGAUGCCUACAAACAGAUCCGGCAGGGAACCAUCACUCUGAUCCUGGCAACAGACAUGGCUCGUCACGGAGAGAUCCUCGACUCCUUCAAAGAGAAAGUCGACCACUUUGACUUCACCGAUCAGGAGCAUGUCACCUGUCUGAAGAUGAUGCUCAUCAAAUGCUGUGACAUUUCCAACGAGGUGCGGCCCAUGGAGGUGGCUGAGCCCUGGGUGGACUGCCUGCUGGAGGAGUACUUCACCCAGAGUGACAGAGAGAAGGCUGAAGGACUUCCUGUGGCUCCAUUCAUGGACAGAGAGAAGGUCACCAAGCAGACAGCCCAGGUCGGCUUCAUCACCUUCAUCCUCAUCCCCAUGUUUGAGACCGUGAUGAAGCUGUUCCCACAGCUAGAGGCCGCCAUGCUGCAGCCGCUCAGAGAGUCCAGGGACCGGUAUGAAGACCAGAGUGAUCAGGUGCAGAAGAAGAACGCUGAGCUGUGAAGUUUCUUCAUGGGUGGAAUCUGUGUCGGUCUGCUGAGGACCACCAGGACGUCUGGAGGACCACCAGGACGUCUGGAGGACGACAUGGACAAUCCAAAACCUUUUCCAGGGACUUUCAGCUCCAGAUAACAGCUCGCAGACACACAUCCAGCUUUUUCUAUUUAAUGUCUUGUUUUUACCCGUGUACAGAUUUUCUAACAUUUGUUAUUUACUAAGAAAAAUAAAGAACCGACUUCCUGAG